UCAAACGUUAAAACUUAAAACACCGUCUGUCUCUGUUUUGUGGUGAGAAGAAGAGAGAGACAGACAGAACAAUGGGGGAAGCAAAGGGAAAGGAAGAAGAAGUGUUAGCCUCAGUUCACUCAACCGUGUUCAAAGAAUCAGAAAGCCUUGAUGGAAAGUGUGUUAAGAUUGAGGGCUAUGAUUUCAACCGCGGCGUCAAUUAUCCGUUGCUACUCAGCUCCAUGGUCACAACUGGGUUUCAAGCUUCCAACCUCGGUGAUGCCAUCCAAGUCGUUAAUCAAAUGCUAGAUUGGAGGCUAGUUGAUGAACCCGUAGCUGAGGAUUGCAGUGACCAAGAGAGGGAUUUGGAGUACCGAAAAUCUGUGACGUGUAAAGUGUUUCUGGGUUUCACUUCUAAUCUUAUUUCUUCUGGUGUUAGAGAUACUGUGAGGUUUCUUCUUCAGCAUCGCAUGGUUGAUGUAGUUGUUACAACUACAGGUGGCAUUGAAGAAGAUCUUAUAAAGUGCCUGGCACCAACAUAUAAAGGAGAUUUCUCUUUGCCUGGAGCAUAUCUGCGCUCAAAAGGGUUGAAUCGGAUUGGUAAUUUAUUGGUCCCGAAUGACAACUAUUGCAAAUUUGAGGACUGGAUUAUUCCUAUCUUUGAUCAGAUGUUGGGGGAACAAAAUAAUGAGAAUGUGUUGUGGACACCAUCUAAGUUAAUAGCUCGAUUGGGAAAAGAAAUAAAAAAUGAAAGCUCUUACCUUUACUGGGCAUACAAGAACAACAUUCCAGUUUUCUGUCCGGGCUUAACUGAUGGCUCAUUGGGGGACAUGCUGUACUUCCAUUCCUUCCGCAAUCCUGGUCUGAUUGUGGACAUAGUGCAAGAUAUAAGGGCAAUGAACGGUGAAGCAGUACAUGCAAGUCCCAGGAAGACCGGAAUGAUAAUUUUAGGAGGUGGCCUUCCAAAACAUCACAUUUGCAAUGCCAAUAUGAUGCGCAAUGGUGCAGACUAUGCUGUUUUUAUCAAUACUGCACAAGAAUAUGAUGGGAGUGAUUCUGGAGCUCGUCCAGAUGAAGCUGUUUCAUGGGGAAAGAUACGAGACUCUGCUCAGACUGUUAAGGUACACUGUGAUGCAACAAUAGCAUUUCCUCUGCUGGUUGCUGAAACGUUUGCUUCAAGAGUGAAACCUCCCCAUUGAUGAAGGUUAAAGAUGAAUUUACUCUGAAGUUCAUUUUAAUUGUGUGUGUUUGAGGAUCUUGAUGGACAAGUUCGGCAUUGGUGUUCAAUUUGACUAUCAUUUGAUUCCUAAGCUCCUCUUAGCAGUGGAGACCUUUUUGACCAUUCAAAGGUAAUCCAUUAAUCCUGUCAGUGAGGAAGUCAGGAAUUAUAGAUGUGAGGAUCAUUGUACUAAUAUCUUUAGGGAAAAUAAGGCUAAGAAAACUAACUGAUCAUAUAUGGCAUUUUUAAUAUUUUCCAACUGAUGGCUGCAUUUCAUGUUGGUAAAAAGUUUUAGUUACUAAUUCCUUUCUGUGAAUUA